UAUUCAAAUCCGAAAUCUAUUUUAAUUCCGAAAUCGUCGAGUUAGCUGCUCGUCACAACCAGAGAUUUAAAGAGAGAUAUAAAGGAGAAAAAGUAAAUAAAAUUUUAAUAGUAAUUUUGAAAAGUAUUGUUAAAACUCGAGGAUAUUGAAAAAUGACAAGUUGAAGGAAUAACGAAGGCAAAUAGUGAAUAACAAUGUGUAAAAACGAUUAAUCUAAAUGUGUCGAAUCCGUAAAGUAGCAAAUGCACUCGAUACCAACGAUCAUGUUCCGCAUAAAAACAUCUUCGAGGUGAUUAAAUGAACGAGGCUUCUUUCAAGUGUCUUCUCUCUCGUACCUCUAUAAGGGCAUUUCGAGUACAAAACCAAAACGUUGACCGCACCACCGCGUUUCUUCGAGCGAGGUUGAUUCGUGCUCCAUUGAUAAUUGAACGACUGUUCAACCGAUGCGAGGUCACCGCCGCGACCAAGCUAUCGACACUGAUCAAUGCUCGUUUUCUUAACUGCGCGAUUAACUAUCAGACGUGAUCAAGGAAGCUCGCCGGAAGUGUCUGCGGUAGCGUUUCGACGGAUAUCUAAACGGCGCUACGGGCGUUACGGAAAUAUCAAAUUCCGUCCCGAAAUGAUUCUUGUGGGAAAUUAAGAGCGCUUCUCGAUUCGUCGCGCGUCACGCGCUGAUCGGUAAAUGAUCGUUUUGGAACAAUCACCGUGAAAAAUCGUUGUUUUCGACAAGAGAAAAAAUGUUAUCGGACCAAUCGACCACUGCUCCGAACACUGUCCAUCGGAAGUCUUCCGGUCUUCGCGAACGUACUUAAUUAAAAGAAACACGAAGAGAUCGACAUGGAUGAUAAGAAGCUGCAAGUAGACGAUGACAGCCAGGUAUACUUAGCACCGUUCCAAAAAUCGGUUUUGCAUCCCGCGCAUGUGAGAAUAUUUCUCAUACCAAACCACCACGUUCGAAGGCCUAGCAGUUGGGGCACUUUUCUUCAUCCCGACGAUAAUAGCCCAGUCGAGCAUCAAUUCAACGACGAGAAAUCGAGCGGCUCUGGAAACAGCUCUCGCGCGUCCUCGGCCAAAUCGGCCAGGACCUACAAUGGGUCUCGCAAUGCGCCGAAAUCUGCGGAAUUGAUCUCGUCCGUCUACUCCAAUAGAGACAUCAUUUGUGAGCCCGACAAAAACGGCUCGCUGCCCGGUGAAACGCCGGCGAGUGUCAAGAGAAAAUUGUCGAGAGCCAGCGCGGUGUAUCCAUCUGGAACGAAUUUAAUCGCGCAGGAUGCCUUCGGUCCCAAACUCACGGCACCCACCUCUCCGGAAAUUAACCCUUCGCUACCGGAAACGCCAGUUUCGCUGGAUUUCGCCGAAACCACCGGGGAUUCGUUGCCGCCGAAAGAAACGGGAAUCGAUCCCGAACUACUUUAUUUUCGCGACGGCCAACGAAGAAUCGAUAUAGUGUUAGUCUACCAGGAAGAGAACGAAGGAGUAAUGACUGAAUUAGAAGCUCGUCGGCGAGAACAGAGACGAGUAUUUCAACAGAAUCUUUUGAAAGAAGGUCUGCAACUAGAGCUCGAGCCAAAAGAGAGCUCGUUUGACGGAAAAACGUAUUUCUUAAAAUUACAUAUACCUUGGAAAAUCAAAGUGCAAUACGCCGAAAUAAUGAGUCUAAAACUACCCACAAAGAGAUUCAGAACGAUCCCUAUGAAAACUUGGGAUACAGACGGUACCAAAGAAGUAUCGAAAUUCUGGGCGCGAUGGGCGCGGUGGUCCAAAUGGAUACAUAAAAUUCAUACUUGGGAUACGUCGAAAUAUCCUGAGGAACCACAUUUUUAUGACUACAUAGAUUCCGGCGAUCGUGAGGAAAGGUUUAUCGUAAAGGAAAGGGAUAAUGCUUAUACGCCCGCUCAGAGAUCGUUAAUAGUGAUGCAGAUAUUAUUGCGAGCGAGAUACGACGAGAACCAUGAAAAAUCUGGUAUUCGUAGGCUUUUAGCGGACGGAACGUAUGUCGAUUGUUUUCCUUUGCACGAGGGUCCUUAUAAUAAACCUAUGCGCAACGGAGAGAUUCUUGAUAGAUACCUGUUGUACUUAAUAUGGGCAAGACCCGCGCAAUGGUAUAAGAAACAGCCGUUAUGGUUAAUAAGACGAUAUUUUGGCGAGAAAAUCGCUCUUUACUUCGCGUGGCUAGGAUUUUACACGAAAUGCUUAUAUCCACCAGCAGUGGUAGGACUUUUAUGCUUCGUUUACGGUCUUGGAAGCAUGGAGGGUGAAGACAAUAUUCCCAGCAAAGAAAUAUGCAAUUCUAAUAUAGCUGGAAAUAUUACUUUGUGUCCUCUUUGUGAUAGAGCAUGUAACUAUCAAAAACUCGGCGAUUCCUGUAUAUUCUCGAAGUUGACUUACUUAUUUGACAAUCCCGCGACUGUCUUCUUCGCUAUUUUUAUGUCUUUCUGGGCUACCACGUUUCUCGAGCUAUGGAAACGGCGACAAGCCGUGCUCGUUUGGGAAUGGGAUCUUCAAAACGCCGAAUACGACGAAGAGCCCAGACCUGAAUUCGAGACGUCUGUUAAAACGUUCCGGAUAAAUCCCGUAACGAAGGAAAAAGAACCGUAUUUACCCGCGUGGUCUAAAGCCGUUCGAUAUUUGGCUACUGGCUCAAUAGUAUUUUUUAUGAUAUGCGUAGUCCUCGGAGCGGUUUUAGGGACGAUAGUGUAUCGCAUUUCGUUGGUUGCCGUCUUUUACGGUGCAAGCGGUAGUUUUUUAAAAAGACACGCGAAAAUAUUCACUUCCAUAACCGCCGCCCUCAUUAACUUGGUAAUAAUAAUGAUACUCACGCGAAUAUAUCAUCGGCUGGCUCGUUGGAUGGUCAAUAUGGAAAAUCCGAGAACGCAGACGGAAUACGAGGCCAGUUAUACAUUUAAAAUCUUUUUAUUCGAGUUCGUCAACUUUUACUCUUCUUUGAUUUACAUCGCCUUUUUUAAGGGGAGAUUUUUCGUCCAUCCUGGCGAUGCAGAUGCGAGAGCCUCGGAAUUUUACCGUAUUAAAACGGACGUAUGCGAUCCCGCUGGUUGCCUUUCGGAAGUCUGUAUUCAACUUGCGAUUAUAAUGGUCGGUAAGCAAUGCUUCAAUAAUUUUGUCGAAAUCUUAUCGCCGAAAUUGUGGAAUUGGUGGCGCAAGAGAACGCAAGUCGCGGCGACAAAGAACCAUGAUAGAAGAUACACCUGUUGGGAGAAAGAUUAUCAGCUUCAAGACCCAGGAAGAUUAGCUUUAUUCGAUGAAUAUUUAGAGAUGAUUCUGCAGUAUGGAUUUGUAACAUUAUUCGUAGCAGCGUUCCCAUUAGCGCCUCUAUUCGCUUUACUGAAUAAUAUCGCUGAGAUAAGAUUAGACGCGUACAAAAUGGUUAAGGAGGCUCGGAGACCGUUAGCCGAGCGAGUAGAAGAUAUUGGCGCUUGGUCCGGUAUUCUUAGGGGUGUAACUUACGUGGCGGUGGUAUCGAAUGCCUUUGUUAUCGCGUACACAUCCGACUUUAUCCCACGAAGCGUGUACACGUUCGUUUAUUCGCCCACUGAAGAUUUGGUGGGUUACAUCGAUAGCUCUCUGUCAGAAUUUAAUACUUCCGAUUAUCGCGACGAUAUGAAGAGCGACAUAGAUGGCGAACAUCCAGAGACGUGUCAGUACAGAGGCUACAGAAAUGGUCCAGAUCACUCUAAUGAUCCUUACGGACUCAGCCCACAGUACUGGCACGUUUUCGCCGCGCGUUUAGCUUUCGUCGUUGUCUUCGAGCACGUUGUUUUCGCACUUACCGGUAUUAUGAGUUACGUGAUACCGGCUGUACCGCAUUCUCUGACAACUCAGCUGCAACGCGAACGAUUGAUCGCUCAGGAAGAAAAGUAUGAAAAGGAAAUAAAAGGGAAAGAAGACGAAGACGAUUUACUUUCGGUUUUAAGAGAGGCGGGAAGUAUCGGUAGAGGAAGCUGGGCUAGACGAUUCAGCAAAUUGAGCGACGCUCUAGAUACUCACGCUGAUGUUAGGCAUAGUAAACGCAGCGAUAGCUCCACAGUAUGGCAAGUCCCAUAAAAUCAAGCCAAAUCUUCUCUAUUAUGUAAACAUUUCCUAUUUUCAGUAUCAUUUCCAAAUAACUUAUAUUAUAUAAGUCCAAGUCCUAUAAUAAAUUUACACUUACGCUUUUCAA